CCGGGCGCCCUGCACGACGCUCUGGCCGCCCUGCGGCUCCGCGUGGCCGCGCUCGCCCACCACCUGCGCGAGCUGCUGCGCCUCGAGGGCCCCGCCGCGCACCGCGACGGCGACGAUGACGGCGACGAUGACGGUGCUGAUGACGCCACUGAUGACGGCGCCGAGGACGGUGCCGAYGACGGCGCCGGUGCCCGGCUUGGCCUCUUCGAGCGGCGGCUGCGCGGGCUGGCCGUGCUGCGGGAGCUGGCGCGCUGGGCCGUGCGCUCGGCGCGCGACCUGCGCCUCAUCGCCAAGGCCGGCGGCGCCGCCGACGCCGACGGGAGCCCCUGA